AGCCCGCAGCUGUCAGGACUCACGCGUCACGACUAGCGGAGUCUUUGUGGACGAAGAGCACUUUAAAAUGCAGCCAGAUCACGGACACUCCAUAGUUUGGCGCUUUACGCAUCGUGUCAGGAUUGAUGCUUGUUUCUGAGUCUAAACCAGGACUAGGCCGAGCGCGUGCGGUGGAAAACACUUUUGUCUCUUCGGUGUCUCAAAGCUGUUUAUCCUGUGGCUGUGUCCAGCAGAGACACAACUAUUCCAGAGAUGAGUGACGUGAGACUGAUUUUCUGGGACCAGUUGCAGGCGGGCAGCUCCGAGGUGGACUGGUGUGAAGGCAAUUACCUUAUUUACCCCAGCAUCGCUGAGUUUUAUAACACGAUCAGCAACAUACUGUUUUUUGUUUUGCCCCCCAUAUUAAUGUGCUUGUUCCGCCAAUAUGCAACACAUUUCAACAGUGGGAUCUACCUCAUAUGGAUUCUGCUAGUUGUGGUUGGUAUUGGUUCAACUUACUUCCAUGCCACUCUCAGCUUCCUGGGUCAAAUGCUGGACGAGCUGGCCAUUUUGUGGGUACUCAUGUGUGCCAUUGGCAUGUGGUUUCCUAAGCGCUAUCUACCCAAGAUGUUCAGAAGAAAUCGGUCACGGUUCAAGGUGGUUAUUGGUGUUUUGUCGGGGAUCACCACGGGACUAGCUUUUGUUAAGCCCGUCGUCAACUCACUAUCAUUAAUGACUCUGGGGAUUCCCUGUACCGCACUUCUCAUUACAGAACUUAAAAGGUGUGAAAAUCUGCGUGUGUUCAAAUUGGGCUUGAUCUCAGGGUUCUGGUGGGUGUUGGCUCUGCUCUGCUGGGUCAGUGACUGGAUAUUCUGCGAAAUGUGGUCAUCUGUCAACUUUCCCUACUUACACUGUGCUUGGCACAUCCUCAUCUGUCUGGCUUCCUAUCUGGGGUGUGUUUGUUUUGCAUACUUUGACGUGGCAACAGAGGCUCCAGAGCGAGGCCCGGUCAUCAUGUUCUGGCCCAACGAGAAGUGGGCUUUCAUCGGAGUGCCAUAUGUUUCCUUACUCUGUGCCCACAAGAAACCUACUGUAAAGGUGACUUAAGUCCGUACCGCUGGGCUUUCAUAGGAAUCCAGUAAUUAUUGAUACUCAGUAUUAUUCAGUAUUUGGCUCAGGCCAGUCAACCUGUCGGGUUACAUCGACUGGUGCUCCUUUAACUGGAUGAGAAACAUGUCAGAUAUAUAAAUUAUAUCGAUUAUCUCAGAGAUACAGUAUGUGUUGCUUUUCUUAUUUGGCUAUAACAAAGCCAUCAGUAUUAUUUACUAAAGUGCAGUAAAAUAACUGCCAAAAGCAAAGAAGCAAGUAUUGUAGAUAAGGGAUAAUUUAACAACAAUAUGCUGAGUAGAAGUGUCUACAUUUGAAUAUCUCUGUGAAGCUCAGUAUGAGCCAAAGAGUUGCCUUAAAAUAUGCUGACAGAAUUGGAUGGAGCUAUAUGGCCAGACUUAAUCAUGACAUAUCCAUAGUGCACACUGCAGUGUCUGCACUGCAGCAGAGUUACAUCAAGAUGAGUAUUUGUUUAUAACUCUAAUAUACAUGUAUAGAUGGGAAUUUAUACUUAAAAAAACAAAACGUCUUCCUGUCUGCAUUUAAAGUAAACUGUACUAUGCAGUAGAUGGAUCAGUAGGAUUAUUUUUAUAUAUUUAAAAAUUAUUAACCCUUUUGGUUUCAGUUUCAUCUGUAUGAAGCUACAGAGGUAUAAACUAUGUAUCAUUAAAAGACCUAAUAAUAACUUUUAUUUAGGUCAAAGUAUAUGUAAGUGAGUAAUAACAGAGAAGCUUUCCAUUUUCUCUGAAUUUGAAUGUCGUAUUGAAUGAGAAGACCUCAAGACUCAGCUUAUAAUAAUCAUGAAUGAUAAGAUUUUGUUGGUCACUAAGCUUUUUGUUUAGUUGUCCUCACUGCACCAGCUUCUGUCUCACUGAAUGAGAAGUGGGUCGGCACAACAACUUGAACUUCAAAUAUGUUCUCUCGAACCAAAUCAUUUCUUACAAAUACUACUGCCAAAAUGAGUGAGCAGAAGCCACUAGUAUACAAACACAAUUCAAAAACAUAUUUUUCAGUAAAGUAUUUUUUAAGAUCAAAAAUUAUAUUUUUAGGUGUCCUGCCAAAACAGGAUUUGAAAAACUAAUAUUUAAUUUUGAAAUAUUUACUUUUGAGAGGUUUUUACAGAUUAUGUGAAGUAUUCUAUGUAAUGUGUAGGACUGAAAUAUUGUUGUUAAAGUACUUUUAAUCAUGCAAGUACUGUAUAAAAUGGUUGGCUAUACUGUUGAUAUGCACAGUAAUGAAGAAGCAGUUAGUAGAAUUUUGGUACCUACUGAACAGUAAAACUGCUUUACUGUUCAAAAUGUUUCAAAAUGUUUAAAAUAGUUUAAAAGUAAAAAAAAGUUUAAUUAUGCAUUUUUGUUCCAUUAAUUAUUAUUCACAUUUAUUUCCUACGUAGUGAUGUACCUAGUUUUCUGUUUUCACAGUCAGAAGAAUAACUAAUAAAAUUCAUGGGUUUCCAGCGAGGAAAAGUUUUUUUUCUUCACUGGUUUUAUUUACGUCACGUUUACCCUCAGAUUCUCUCAUUGUGUCUUCAGUUUUCUUUUGGUUAAUGCAAGGACAAUAUCAACAAUAACCAACUGUUGUAUAGAAAUGUGUAUCAUGGGCAUGGCAUGUGUAUUGUAACUAUGUAGAAGGACUUUAAUGGAAUGAGGUAUUAAUGAAGGUUUUCUGCCUGCAGUUAUGUACCUGGACUAAACCGCACAAAAUAUUUAUUUUUCAUAAUUUAUCAACUUUUGUAAACCAAUGUUUGUACAAUAAUAUUUAUUUUAUGCAAUAAAAGUAAAUGGUACAAGUUA